ACAAAAGUUGCAUCCAAAAUUUUAAAAUAACCACUACAUCAGUGUUUUUCUAUUUUUAAAGUUUUCUAUUUAAACUUAUUAAUAGUUUAAGAAUUAAAAAUUAGAAAAUCAGUUAAGUUAAAAGUAUAUAUUUUAAAUACAAAAAAACCUCAGUGAAAGAUUUAUUUUUUCUUUCAAAAUCUAAAUAUUCGAACCCGACCCGAAUAACCAAACCUGAAUUUAAAAUACCCAAACCCGAUCCAUAAUGUGAAAUAUGUAAACGGAUUCUAUACUUCUAUACCAAAAUACCCGAAAAUCUGAAAUACCUGAUCGAACUCGAACAAGUAUCCAAACGCCACCCCUUCCAGGAGACCUUAAUAUACAGAAGAAGAUUCGAAAUGUAAAGCCUCUAUAUCAUUUUAACUAAUUGUUUUUUAGGUUGAGCCCCUCCCUUGCAAUAAUGCAACACACAAUAAUGCAACACAAGGAGAACUCGUGAAAACCCAAGUAGCAAGCUACUUAAAUGGAUUUUCUCCUUAAAAAAUAAAGUUAAUAUCGUGUGGACCAAUGAACCACAUAUCAGAUAUUAAAUUGAUAAAAACAGAUACUACACUUGAUCUUAGCCAAAAGGCGGAGAAAGGUAUGAAUUGCAGGUUAGGCUUGGCCUCCUUAUUUAUACCAUCAUCAAGUGAGCAAUGUUUUCUAUCUUAAGCGAUGUGGGAGAUAAAAUGUAAAGGGAUGGUUGUUCCUUCACAAAUUUAACAUAAAAUCAUUUCGUUUUUUAAUUUUCUAAAAAAAAAAGAAUGAGAAAAAAUUAUUAUUCUUUGUGAAUGGUAAUUUGUUUUAAGAAACUUAGGGAAUGCAUUAUCCUCAUCAUUUCUUGCUCAUCAUUCAUACCAUUAAGUCUUAGAGGCAAGUUUAUGUUCAAAGACAAAAACAGACAAUCGCCUUGCUUCUUCCGAUGGUCUUUAUAUAUACUUUUCGUGAUUGUUCGUUGGUUGCUUUGAACACAGAUAAACUCUGAGCUGGUGAUAAUUCAAGCUCAAGUGAGAUCUCUGUGCGCAGAUGAGAAUCAUAUAAAUUUGUUGCGCUAUAAUAAUUCAAACGUUUAAGAAUCUACAAACACUAUAUUUGCUAACUCGUGAUUAUACUAUGAACGAAGUUAGCAUUUUCACCAGAGAAAACAAUUUAAAAGAAAGGUCUUCAGUGGAAGAUGUUCCCCAGAAUCGAUGCUUAUUUGAUGAUUUCUCAUAAGUUUCAAAGAAGCAGGCUUUAAAUCCAUGUUAUACAACACACAAAUGAAAUAUCCGUGAAGGAAGGAACCAAAUGUUUUUAACAUUCUCUCAGGCGUUGUGCGCCAAAAUACACAUCACCUCCAAUGCCCAAUCUCCUCCUCAAUCAAUCUCCUAUGCACCAUAAAAUAUACUAUACCCAUCAAGCAUUAAUGAAUAUGUGAAAAGACCAAAAGGACAUAUUUUAAUUGGAACCAAGAAUGUCCCAAACCAAAAUCGGCAUCCAACAUAACUCGGGUUUGGUCGGAUCUGAAUUGGAUUGGUCUGUAAAAAAAAUUAAAAGUGGUUCUUAUGUUUGUUGGUUUGGUCUAAAAAAAAGGAAAAAAGUGAAUCCCGAUUCUCCCCGAGCUCCCCUCCCCCCCAGACCACCCAACCUACAGCUCCUCCUGCAGCUCCUCCUCCACUCUCCCCCUCCUCCACUCCUCCUCCACUCCUCCUCCACUCCUCUCUCUCUCAGCUUCUCGAACGCUGCCGGACACAAUGAGCAAUCACGUCAGAGAUAUACCUGGUAGUCCGAAAGAGAGCUACAAGAUGUUGUAUAGCUAUUUGUACAUGUUAGAGCAAGUGAAUCCGGGGACAAAAACCUGUUUGAAAUUGGAUGAUAGAAGUAAAUUUGAGUACCUUUUCAUAGCUUUGGGAGCUUGCAUUGAAGGGUUUGCAGUUAUGAGGAAGGUGAUAGCUGUGGAGGGGAUACGUCUGAAGAACGGUGGUGUUUUAGUUUUCGCGAAAGCUCAGGAUCCUAAUGGUCAGAGUUAUCCACUUGCGUUUGCAGUAGUAGAUGGUGAGAAUCUUGCUAGUUGGACUUGGUUUUUCGAGAUGCUUAAAAGUGUUAUACCAGACUCUUCUGAACUGGUUUUCAUUAGUACUCUUCAUCAGAGCUUGAUCUUCGCCAUAGGAAACGUAUUUCCACAGGCUCACCAUGGUCAUUGUUUAUGGCAUUUGAAGGAAAAGGUGAAAUUACAUGCUUGUAACGUCAACAAGAAUAUAGUCGGGCAAAAACUUAUGGAGUUGGGCAGAUAUUACACGGUUGAUGACUUCAAUUCUGCUUACGACUCAUUUAAGAUAAGAUGUCCAGCUGCGUACAAGUAUGUGGAGGAAUGUGGUAUUGAAAAGGACAAAUGGGCAAGGGUUUUUUUCCCACGUGAUAGGUACAACUUGGAUACAAGCAACACUCUGGGAUCAAUGAAGAACGUGUUUAAAGAGGCAACAAGGUGGGCCUUAAUACCAAUGCUGGAUUGUAUCAUUAGGAAAUUCUCUGAUUGGUUCACUCAACGGAAGGAUGUUGUUUCUAGAUCAAUGAAUACAAGACUGGUGCCUCGGGUUGAGAACUACUUGCACGAUCUAUGGGCUGUUGCACAUAAGUUACCUGUGCGGGAACUUGAUAGUUACGAGCUUAAGUACGAGAUCACUGACACUGCAGGAAAGGUGUUUUGGGCGACCUUGGUUGGAAAAACUUGUACUUGCAAGGUGUGGGACUAUGAAAAGUUCCCUUGUCUGCAUGGACUGGCAGCUUAUAUCUAUUUCGCUAGGAAUGUUGAUGGCAGGCGCCUUGAUAUCCAUGAGUUGUGCUCAAAAUACUACUGGACGGAAAUGUGGCAUUUGGCGUAUUCCAGAACACUUAAUGUUGUGCCCGACAUGGCUUCUUGGAAUGUACCAGAUCAGAUCAAGGAGGUGAAGAUCAUACCUCCAUAUCGCAUCAAGCGGCAAGGAAGGAAAAGAGUUUAAAUUUGGAUGAAUUUGGAGUAAUGCAUAUUUCGAGUAAUGCAUUUGGGUACUUGAUUUUGUGGCUCUUGAACUUUGUUUCAUUUCGUGUUGUAUCGUGUUGUAUGACUUGGAAAACUGCGUAAAACUUGAAAUCUACUUUGUUUUGUAAUGACAUUAGUAUUAUCUAUAUCAAAACUCGAAUCUCAUA